GGAGCUAGGACUGGAGUCAAUCCUUUCUUUCAGCUGGAGGGCUCUGCGUGAGCCAGCCCCUCCCUCAGAAAAGAUGUUUUCCAUGAGGAUCAUCUGCCUGGUCCUGAGUGUGGUGGGCACAGCAUGGGCUACAGAUACCGAUGGAGGUGAAUUUUUAGCUGAAGGAGGAGGCGUGCGCGGCCCAAGAGUGGUGGAAAGACAUCAAUCUAGCUGCAGAGAUUCAGACUGGCCCUUCUGCUCUGAUGAAGACUGGAACUACAAAUGCCCUUCUGGCUGCAGGAUGAAAGGGUUGGUUGAUGAAGUCAAUCAAGAUUUUACAAACAGAAUAAACAAGCUCAGAAAUUCACUAUUUGAUUAUCAGAAGAACAGUAAGGAUUCUUAUUCAGUAACCAGAAAUAUAAUGGAAAUUUUGAGAGGGGAUUUCGCCAAAGCCAAUAACUAUGACAGUGCAUAUAACCAAGUGUCAGAAGAUCUGAGAAGCAGAAUUGAAGUCCUGAAGCGCAAAGUCAUAGAAAAAGUACAGCAUAUCCAACUUCUGCAGAAUAAUGUUAGGUCUCAGCUGAUAGAAAUGAAACGACUGGAGGUGGAUAUUGAUAUUAAGAUCCGAUCUUGCAAAGGGUCAUGCAGUAGGGCUUUAAUUCAUCAGGUAGAUCUAAAGGACUAUGAAGAUCAGCAGAAACAACUUGAACAGGUCAUUGCCAAAAACUUACUUCCCACUGGAGAUAGGCAAUACUUGCCACUGAUAAAAAUGAGCCCAGUUGCAGACUUGGUUCCUGGAAAUUACAAGAGCCAGCUUCAGAAGGCCCCACCAGAGUGGAAGGCACUAAUGGAAGUGCAGCAGAUGAGAAUGGUGUUAGAGAGGCCUGGUGGAAAAGGCAAUGCCAGAGGAGACUCUGUGUCUUAUGGAACAGGAUCAGAGCGAGAAGGCCCCAGGAACCCUGCUAGUCCUGGCAAUUGGAACCCUGAAAGCUCUGGGCCUGAAAGUGCUGGAACCCCGAGCCCUGGUAGCUCUGGAGCUGGUAGUACUGGACAUUGGAACCCUGGUAGCUCUGGAGCUGGUAGUACUGGACAUUGGAACUCUGGGAGCUCCAGUAGUAGCGGACAUUGGAGCACUGGGAGCUCUGGAUCUGGUAGUACUGGACAUUGGAACCCUGGUAGCUCUGGAUCUGGUAGUACUGGACAUUGGAAUCCUGGGAGUUCUGGACCAGGUAGUCCUGGAAACCGAAACCCUGGGAGCUCUGGGUCUGGAAGUUUUAGGCCAGAUAGCUCAGGCUAUGGGAGCACCAAGCCUACUAACCCAGACUGGGGCACAUUUGAAGAGGUGUCAGGAAGUGUAAGUCCAGGGACAAAGAAAGAGUACCACACAGGUAAACUGGUCACUUCUAAAGGAGGGAAAGAGUCCCUGACUGGUAAUGAGAAGGUCACCUCUGGUAGCACAACCAUCAAGCGCAGUUCCUGCUCUAAAACUGUUACUAAGACUGUAACACGUCCUGAUGGUCAGAAAGUAGUGACCAAAGAAGUAGUGACCUCCGAUGACGGUUCUGACUGUGUUGACGCAGAAGAGUUGCCUCCGUUUACUGGCUUAGGUGGCCUGGAUGAAUUCCGCCUCAGGCACCCCGAAGAAGCUGCUUUCUUCGAGACUUCCUCUUUCACUGGAAAAACAUCCCCGAGUUCACUCGAAUCUCUGUUCCAAGGGUUUGGCAGUAAGAGCGAGGCUAGGGGCUCAGAAUCUGACAUCUUCACAAACCUAGGAGCCACCAGCUCUCAUCAUUCUGGUGCACCUGAAUUUCCUCCCAACGGUAACACUUUAAGACACAACAAACAAUUCGUAACCAGUAGUAGCACGACUUACAACAAAGGAGGCUCCACAUUUGAAACCAAGAGCUUUAAAAUGGCAGAUGAGGCGGGAAGCGAAGCCGACCUCAAAGGAGCACAUGGCAUCAAGAGAGGCCAUGCUAGAUCGCGCCCAUCCAGAGACUGUGAUGAUGUCCUCCAAACACAUCCUUCAGGUGCCCAAAGUGGCAUUUUCAAUAUCGAGCUACCGGGAUCCAGUAAGAUUUUUUCUGUUUAUUGCGAUCAAGAGACCAGUUUGGGAGGAUGGCUUUUGAUCCAGCAAAGAAUGGAUGGAUCACUGAAUUUUAACCGGACCUGGCAAGACUACAAGAGAGGUUUCGGCAGCGUGAAUGACAAGGGAGAAGGAGAAUUCUGGCUAGGCAAUGACUACCUCCACUUGCUAACCCAGAGGGGCUCUGUUCUUAGGGUUGAAUUAGCGGACUGGGCCGGGCAAGCGGCUUAUGCAGAAUAUCACUUCCGGGUGGGCUCUGAGGCUGACGGCUACGCCCUGCAGGUCUCCUCCUAUGAGGGCACUGCGGGCGAUGCUCUGAUUGAAGGUUCUGUAGAGGAGGGGACAGAGUACACUUCCCACGACAGCAUGAAGUUCAGCACUUUUGACAGGGAUGCAGACCAGUGGGAAGAGAACUGUGCGGAAGUCUAUGGGGGAGGCUGGUGGUACAACAACUGCCAGGCAGCCAAUCUCAAUGGCGUCUACUACCCUGGGGGGUCCUAUGACCCGAGGGACAACAGUCCUUAUGAGAUUGAGAAUGGAGUGGUCUGGGUCCCCUUUAGAGGAGCAGACUAUUCCCUCAAGGCUGUUCGCAUGAAAAUCAGGCCCCUAAGUGAUCCAAUAGGCUGAAGGAGUGGGAGAGGGGCCAUUGUUUUCUUUGUUUAGUGAAGUGGAGAGAAAAUAAGGAAAGUAAAGGAGUCAAGAUUCUUUACAACCUGCUAAAAAAAAAAAAAAAAAAUCCCAGGUGCUAUUUCAUUAUUCUUUGUACUGUAGCUAACUGUAACUGAGACGUUGGUAGUGCUUUGAAAAAUAAAAUUGUGUGAGUUUUUUUUUAUCUUUAAA